CGGGACACACGGCGGGUGUCACACAGAGGAGAGAGCCGCAGAGGUAGCACGAACCAGCGCAACACUCCCCCCACCCCAUACGGCGCUCGGAGCGACACUUUUAAGCGCUUUGCUGAGGACUUCGAACCUCGUGUGCGCCAAACACGCGGGGACGCACGGAGGGGAAACCGGGGACGCACCCCGGAGGCGCAGACCGGGCUCUGCGGAACACGCGCACGAUUCAUUCAGGAGUUUGUUCUCUUCUCUCUCUCUCUCUGUCUCUUUUUUUUUUUUUUGGAUGAUUUUUUCUGCUCAUAAAGACACAAUAAACGCAAAAGGCUGCGCAUCUACACAUAUUGAAUGACAUGUAGCCGACUUGGGAAAACAUUUUUAAACCAAUGGUUUAAUAUCCAACCGGGGAUUAUUACUGAAGCGCUUCAUUCUUAACCCCAAAGGGGGGUUUGGAUUUUUAUUUUGGAGGAACUUCACAGUGGACAGAAUACGAGGUGGGAACAAAGUUAAAGCGGUCGACGACUUUCUGCAUCAUCCAAGAUGGAUUUUGUGUCAUCGUUGGUUGGAUUUUUACUGGCAGCAUGCCACCUGGCAUUUACAGUCAGUGCAGAAGAGGUGACAGGGUCGGCGUGUGGGGGGAUCCUAGAUGCAAGCGAGGCGGGUUACAUCACCUCCCCUGGUUAUCCUUUGGAGUACCCACCUCACCAGAACUGCCACUGGAUCAUCACAGCACCCGAGCCCUCGCAGCGCAUCGUCCUCAACUUCAACCCACACUUCGAGAUCGAGAGGCUCGACUGCAAGUAUGACUUCAUUGAAAUCCGUGAUGGGACAUCGGAGUCUGCUGAUGUUCUGGGUCGACACUGCAGCAACAUCGCCCCACCGCCAAUCAUCUCAUCCGGCCCCUCCCUCCAGAUCAGAUUUGUCUCAGACUACGCCCACCAAGGGGCGGGCUUCUCUCUGCGCUAUGAAAUCUUUAAAACAGGGUCAGAAUUCUGUUUCCGCAAUUUCACCAGUUCCUCCAGCAUGAUCGAGUCCCCGGGGUUUCCAGACAAAUACCCUCAUAAUCUGGAGUGCUCCUAUAUGAUCAUGGCCCCACCCCACAUGGACAUCACCCUCACCUUCCUGACCUUUGAUCUGGAGAACGACCCCCUGCUGGUAGGAGAGGGUGACUGCAAGUACGACUGGCUGGACGUGUGGGAUGGACUGCCACAAGUGGCUCCUCUGAUCGGCCGUUAUUGCGGCACAAAGAUCCCUCCUGAGAUCCAGUCGUCCUCCGGCCUGCUGUCCCUAUCCUUCCACACCGACAUGGCCGUGGCUAAAGACGGCUUCUCCGCCCGCUACAACAUGACGCACAAAGAAGUCAGCGACUCGUUCCACUGCAGCAUGGCGCUGGGAAUGGAGACGGGGAAGAUCAGCGACGAUCAGAUAACCGCAUCUUCAUCCUUCUACGACAAUCGCUGGUCUCCGCGCCAGGCGCGCCUCAACAACAACGACAACGCCUGGACACCGGCAGAGGACAGCAACAAGGAGUACAUACAGGUUGAUCUUCAUUUCCUGAAGGUUUUGACAGGCAUUGCUACACAGGGGGCCAUUUCCAAAGAGACUCAGAAGUCUUACUACGUCACUACCUUCAAACUGGAGGUCAGCACCAAUGGAGAGGACUGGAUGGUGUACCGCCAUGGCAAGAACCACAAGGUUUUCCAUGCCAACACAGACCCAGCUGAGGUGGUUCUGAACCGGGUACCACAGCCAGUUUUGGCCCGAUUUGUUCGCAUCCGACCACAGACAUGGAGGAACGGCAUUGCCCUCCGCUUUGAGCUCUACGGAUGCCAGAUUACAGAUGCUCCUUGCUCAGACCUGCAGGGCCUGCUCUCUGGCCUCCUCCCUGAUGCCCAAAUCUCAGCCUCCUCCAGCAGGGAUGUGGUGUGGAGUCCUGGGUCGGCACGGCUCGUAGCCAGUCGCUCUGGCUGGUUCCCAGCUCCGACCCAGCCACUAGCUGGAGAGGAGUGGCUUCAGGUGGACCUCGGUGUGCCCAAGACUGUGCGUGGAGUGAUAACCCAAGGGGCAAGGGGAGGAGAUGCGGCAAGCGGCACGAGCGCCGACAACCGUGCGUUUGUUCGGAAGUACAAAGUGGCGCACAGCGUGAAUGGGAAAGACUGGAAUUUCGUCAUGGACAGGAAGACCAGCAUGGCUAAGAUAUUCGAAGGGAACACCCACUACGACACGCCUGAGCUGCGUCGUUUUGAGGAGAUAGUGGCCCAGUACAUCAGGCUGUAUCCGGAGAGGUGGUCCCCAGCCGGGAUUGGGAUGAGAGUCGAGAUAGUUGGCUGCGACCUUCCAGAAACAAGCACACCAGCAGAGACAGCCACGCCCACUUUGCCCGUUGGCAUGGAAACCAGUACUCUUCCCAUUUCGACUACAGUGUCCAGUCCUCCUCCAUUAGACGACGUGUGUGACUUUGAGCACGGCCUGUGUGGGUGGACUCAUGACCCCAACACCCCUCUCCCCUGGUCUCUGCACAGCCACGAACUUAACAGCUACCUGUAUGUGGAUGCCAGCCUGAAGACGGAGCAGCAGCGAGCCCGACUCCUGAGCCCGGUGGUGACGGCCGACACCGGCCCGCUCUGCCUCCUCUUCUCCUACCAGCUCUGGGGCGAGGCCCAAGGUCACCUGAGGGUCCUGCUCCGGGACGACCAACACGAGGAAACCCUCCUGUGGACACUGAAAAAUGACCAAGGCCCCAUCUGGAAGGACGGACGCACCAUCCUGCCUCGCUCCCCUAAAGACUUCCAGGUCGUGAUAGAAGCUUUCUUUGAACACGGCAACAGAGGACACAUCUGGAUAGACAACGUCCACAUGAGCUCCAGCACCCCUCUGGAGGAGUGCACACAACCCUUUGCAGCGUUCCCUCCUGAUAUGACAGGGGGAGGCGUUCCUGUGCCUCCCUUGCACAUCCACUGGUAUUACAUUAUGGCUGCCGGAGGCGCCCUCCUUCUGCUGGCAGUGGCCAUCUUGGUCAGAGCCCUUUGUUGCUGCCGACAACACCUGGCCACCAAGAAGAGCCAGCUGUCAGUGGCCUAUCACAGCUCCUCGCAGUGCUUCCAGUAUUCUAAUUGGUCGUCCAGUAUGGCCACCCCAGGGGUGGAGCCCGUGCUAACAGUGAGGCUGGACAGCCGGGACCGACACCGUACCCUCUGCUGAAGACAAUCAAGCAGGCUAAAUUUGACCAAGCAGGAAACCUACCACUUGUGAUGUCAGUGGCAGGAAGUGUGCCGUGAUACGGCGAGACUGAUGGAACAACCACUCGACAAAACCCCUGCCUUAUUUAGUCGCAAGGGUGGUGACGACACAGACAAUGGCCCGAAUAAGGCGAAAUCUGCAAAGGAACACUGUGCUCUCUUUCUCACACUCUGUUUCAGUUGUUGUUUUCUAUGUUUCAUUAAGGACUUUGCUGUUGGCAUUUCAUACAGUGCUGCUCCCAAGGAGAGGACUGAAGUCUGACUAACUUAUUUAUCGGAACAGCUUGCUUUGGAUGAUCGAGCGCCAGCUGGCUCCUCGUAACCACGUGGAAUGACCCGAGUGUGGACGUACACACAGACAUGUGUGGGCUGGAUGAACGAGAAUGGGAAAUUGGAGUGGGUGGGUUGGGUGGAUGGGUGUGUGUGUGGGGGGGGGGGGGGGGGGGUGUUGAGUUGGUCCAGCAAUGAGCCAGAGCUGCCAAACCACAGACUAAAAGGAGACCCUGGAGAUCCGCAGUGCUCUGCAGUGCUUAGAGGGAGAGGAAAACUGUUAGGCUGAGAGGAAUUCGCGGUGCUAGCUGUGUAAGUCAUCUGGCAAACCCCAGAACGUAAAGCUGUGUAGCUCACACGGGUAUCGUCACAGAGCAGCAAAAAUGCUUCCAAUUGUCCUAUUCAAGAGCGCAUGUGCACACUGAAAAACAAAGGAAUGUAAAUCCGUCAUAUUUCAAGUCCUGCACAACAAAUUCCAAUAACCGGCUUGAUUCAUUGCGCGUCACGUCUCCUCCUGAUAAAGACAUCAGUCAGUGAUGGAUGCAGCUGUCUUCAGUGUUUGCUGGCUCAUUCUCUUUUAUAAUAAUGUCACAAGUUGGUCAACUCCCACUUUUGCUUGUUCCCCCCCCUGUCAUUCCCAAAUGUUUUUGAGCUGCUCAGAUGAAAGCUGAGCUGAGCCUUGUUGUGUUGUGAAUGUGCGCUUGUUGUUUUUAGGGUUGUAAAUAGACACAGCUGCCCUCCAUCAUCACCUCGUCCUUGAUUUAUUGCAUAUUCCUACAAAUCCCACAAUGCCGCUGAACCAGCUGGAAACCAUAAGUAUUGUGUUUUGGUGUAUAUGUGCACCCUUGAGAGUGUUCCAAGACAUGAUGGAAGCCAGAGCGUGAUGCUUUCUUUAGUCCCAUCAGAAGCAUAAUGUUGAUUGGAUCAUCUUGACCAGGGGUUCCCAAUCCCAGUCCUCAGGGACCCCUAACCUGUACAUUUUUCAUCUUUCCUUGUAUUGCCAAAAGCUGAGUAGCACUUUAAGUUGUGUUCAACCAAUCAAGAGCUAUGUGACUGAGCCAAUCAGCUGUGAUUAGAGCAGGUAGGGAUUAAAAAAUGUGUACAUUAGGGAUCCAUGAAGGCCGGGACUGGGAAACACUGAUCCAGUCAGCUAGUACACUUUAAAACACUUUACAACAAGGAUAUAUUAAUUGGCAUUGGGUAAUGCAUUAACAAGCAUUAACUAACAAUUAAGAGUUAAAUAGUUAAUUAUUAAUUAAGAGUUAUCUGUUGUGUAGUGCUACCACUCUCAGUAAUAAAUGAAGACAUCAUUAAUUAAAGAUGACUAAAUAAACACUUAACUCUUUAUUAAUUGUUAGUUAUCGCAUGUUACUGAAUUAGUUAACAUGAACACCUUUAAUAAAUUAUUACUAAACACUUUAACUCUUCAUUCUCUGUUUGGUAAUGGAUGUUCCUGCCUUAAUGAACAUGAACACCAUUAAUAAAUGAUUACUAAACAGGUUAACUCUUAAUUCACGGUUAGUUAAUGCUUAUUACUGCAGUAACUUACAUGAACACUAAUAAAUUGUUACUAAACACUUGAACUCGUAAUACUUCACUGUUAGUUAAUGGAUGUAAUUGAAUUAACUAACAUGCAGACAUUAAUAAAUUAUUACUAAGCACGUUAAAGCUUAAUUAACUGCUAGUUAAUGCUUAUUACUGCCUUAACUAAAAUGAACACUAAUAAAUGAUUACUAAACAUGUUAACUCUUAAUUCCCAGUUAGUUAAUGAUUAUUACUGCAUUAACUAACAUGCACGUUAAUAAAUUAUUACCAAACACUUUAAUUCUUAAUUCACUGUUAGUUAAUGGAUGUUAUUGUAUUAACUAUCAUAAACACAUUAAUAAAUUAUUACUAAGCACAUUAGCCCUUAGGUAACUGUUAGUUUAUGCUUAUUGCUGCAUUAACUAAUAUGAACACCAUUAAUAAAUGAUUAAGAAACAUCCUUAAUGCAUACUUCACUGUUAGUUAAUGCAUAAACACCAUUAGUUAAUGAUUAAUAAACUCUGUUAAUACUCAUUUCACCAUUAUUUAAUAUUAUUCCUGCAUGAACAAAUGCUUAUUAAUAUAACCUUAUUGUAAAGUGUUACUGACAAUUCUUUCUUACUUAUACUUGACAUCGCUGAGGUGUAAAAGCCUUUUUUUUUUUUCUUUUUUGGUGACAUAUCCCAAAUCCUGAAGCUAUGACGGUCCAAUUAUCACGUUUGUUUAGAGUGGGUGUGGGAUCUCGGUUUAACACCCCGGGUUGAAUGAGGCUGAGGGCUUCACUCAGUGGCUUAACAGGCUGUGCUUUCAUGAUCUGUCACACCAGCAAAAAUCCAUCACCUACUCUCCCACAGCUCAGCAGAAUGUGCCUCGAUUUGUUGCCACAAUUUAAGAGCUGCUUUUUUUCUCCCCAGGUUGUGAGGAGAAUGUGUUAUUUGGCACGCUUUUACUUUGUGCUUUUAAAUCUACUUGAGGAGGGGUUAUUGGACACCCUACGCCGUCCAUCUUGACACCGUUACGCUCCAAGCCUCUAAUAGUUGUAAUUAGUUAAUGGACAGAUAACAUUUAUUAAGGCUGCGGUAAGCACUUUUCCCUCCCAUCUACCGCACCUCUGUUGCCCAAUCCGCUGCCAAUUUCAGUCGCCUUGGAAACGGUAUUAAUUACGCCAUCGGCCGUCAAAGCCCUCUUGAUCUACUGUCGAUGUGUGACUUGCCAAGCGAUUACUCCCACUCCUGAAUGCUUGCCAACAGCUGCGAGCACAAACACACUCAA